UCUUACUAAGGUAUUCUAAAGCUAAUCAAUUUGGUAUCUCAACAACUCAUUGGUUAUAAUCGUCUUCAUUCCUUGAGAAGAAGAGCCCACUUUCCCAACAAUUUAAUUUACCUCCCUUUGUAAAGCCAACAUUGUUGUGAAUGGCGACUCUACCAGUACCGGAACCUCAGGAGCUCUCUCUUUCAACUAGGUUGAACUCGUACGUGGCCAACACACGGGUUGGGAAGCGAUUCAAACUCGCUCAGAGGAACACCACUUGCACCACCGAGUUACGAGCUGGAACGGCCACGUUUCUGACCAUGGCUUAUAUCUUAGCUGUUAACGCCAGCAUCCUCACCGAUUCUGGUGGCACGUGUAGCGUAUCUGAUUGUGUCCCACUUUGUUCAGACUCUAAUAUCCCUCUCUCGAAUUGCACUGGACCAACUCACCGAAUCAUCCAACCCGAUAACUCGUGUAAGUUUCCUCCAGUUAACACAGGCUACUCGGAUUGUCUCGAAAAAACUCGUAAAGACCUCAUUGUAGCCACUGUAGCUUCUUCACUUAUCGGCUGUCUCAUUAUGGCCAUAUUCGCUAAUUUGCCUUUAGCUUUAGCUCCCGGUAUGGGCGCAAACGCUUAUUUUACAUACACAGUUGUAGGCUUUCAUGGGUCCGGUAACGUAACAUACAAAAAUGCCUUAACAGCCAUUUUCAUCGAAGGUUUAAUUUUUCUCUUCAUAUCAGCAAUUGGGUUACGAGUCAAACUCGCGAAAGUCGUUCCCAAACCGGUCCGGGUCUCCUCCUCAGCCGGAAUCGGUUUGUUUCUUGCUUUUAUCGGGUUACAAAACAAUGAAGGUAUCGGUCUUAUCGGCUACAGUUCUUCAACUUUAGUUACUCUUGGUGCUUGUCCACGAUCUUCCAGGGCGGGGUUAGCUACGGUUAUAACGGCAGCAAACGGAACCGUCAGUUUGUUACCAGGAGGUUCAGUUUCUGGGGAUAUUAUGUGCUUAAAUCAUCAAAUGGAAAGUCCUACAUUUUGGCUUGGCGUAGUUGGUUUUGUUAUAAUCGCUUAUUGUUUGGUGAAAAAUAUAAAAGGGGCAAUGAUUUAUGGUAUAGUCUUUGUGACAAUCAUCUCAUGGUUCCGUAACACAGCUGUGACGGCGUUUCCCAAUACUCCAUCAGGAAAUUCUGCAUAUCAGUAUUUCAAAAAAGUGGUUGAUGUGCAUGUGAUCAGGACCACAGCUGGGGCCCUCAGUUUUAAUGGUUUGAGUACAGGCAGUUUUUGGGAAGCUUUGAUCACGUUUUUAUAUGUAGAUAUACUCGAUACCACUGGAACAUUAUAUUCAAUGGCUAGAUUUGCUGGGUUCACAGACGUUAACGGUGAUUUCGAGGGUCAAUAUUUUGCUUUCAUGUCUGAUGCUGCAUCAAUCGUGGUGGGUUCCCUUCUUGGUACAUCUCCCGUAACGGCUUUCAUCGAAUCGUCAACGGGUAUAAGAGAAGGAGGGAGAACGGGUCUGACGGCGUUAACGGUAGCAGGCUAUUUCUUUCUGGCGUUUUUCUUCACACCGUUAUUGGCGUCAAUUCCUGCAUGGGCAGUUGGUCCACCGUUGAUCUUGGUUGGUGUUAUGAUGAUGAGAUCUGUGGUGGAGAUCGAGUGGGAUGAUAUGAGGCAAGCCAUUCCUGCAUUUGUGACAUUAAUCUUAAUGCCAAUGACAUAUUCAAUAGCUUAUGGUUUGAUAGGAGGAAUUGGAACUUUCAUAGUUUUGCAUAUCUGGGAUUGGGGAGAGAGCCUCUUGUGGGUUAAAAAACCCAAGGAUAAUGACUUGGUGAAUCAAUCAACCAAUGGAAAUGGAAGCAUUGUAUAG